CAACAUCAACGCCACACCCAAACCAGAGCCCGAAAUCCCGUAGAAGGAGGAAAGGAGACCGCCGCCCGGAGAUCUUCCGUCGGAGCGCCGGAGAUGGAGCAGCUCGGGGGCAAGAAGUCGAACAAGAUCACGGAGAUCGUGCGGCUGCAGCAGAUGCUCAAGAAGUGGCGCAAGCUCUCCGUCGCCUCCAAGUCCGACGCGGCGGCGGCCAGCACGCCCGCCGUCGCCACGGUCACCGCCGGAGGCAACGGCGAGAGCAAGGCCAAGAAGUUCCUGAAGCGGACGCUGUCCUUCACGGAGAGCCCGCCGUCGUCGGCGGCGUCGUCGGGGCCGCCGCCCAAGGGGCACCUGGCGGUGUCGGUGGGCCCGGCGAUGCGGCGGUUCGUGAUCCCGACCGAGUACCUCAAGCACCAGGCGUUCGCGGCGCUGCUCCGGGAGGCCGAGGAGGAGUUCGGGUUCCAGCAGGAGGGCCUGCUCCGCAUCCCCUGCGACGUGCCCGCCUUCGAGGCCAUCCUCCGCGCCGUCGACAAGGGCCGCGCCGGCGGCAAGCACAAGGACAACGCCGCCUUCUGCUACUGCAGCGCCGAGUUCGCCAUCGCCGCCGCCGACGUCGGCACCCCCAACAACUCCCUCUGCAGAUAAGCCCGGCCCGGCCGGCCGCCGGAGCCCCGUCGUCGCUCGCCGGCCACCGUUAGAAGUACCUGACUACCAUCCUCUCCCACGAAAAAAAAAGUUCUGUUCUCCAUUUUUCUUCUUCUUCUUCUUCGUCGGUCGUGUUUUUCCAGCGUCGUGAUGGUGAGGGAUGAUUCGACGUACGGUAUCUCCCCCCACGGUUUUUUUCUUACUAGGAAUUAUCAUCACCACUGGCCGCAUUCUUUCUCCGAUGAUGAUCUGGAUUAGCCGGGUGAAUGGUGUAAUGCAUGCAUGCGGACUGCGCCAUUGAUGGAAUCAUAUGGAAAGAUUGAUGUGAAAAAUGAAGGGCGAUGAUCUUUUUUCUCU